AUGAAGCCGCAUGAGCAACGAGGUCGUUCAUGUACAGAGCACUCGACGCUCCUGACGUCGUCUCCUCCACCGGAACAAUGGCGACGACGCGCUGGCACUCAGCACCACACGACUGUGCGUCAGGACAUUUGGACGGUGCUGCGCUACCGCUCGUCCGUGCAGCACCGAACGGGUCUGCAGUUUGCGUCCUACGUGCUGGAGCUGAGCAUCUUAACGCUCAUUCUACUGAAUGUGGUCGUGGCCAUCUCGGAAUACUCGGCCGUGCUCACUGCCGACGCUCUCCCGUCUUCUCCCUCUUCUUCUUCGGGGCCAAUGCCCGUCGUCAAUGACUGGACAGACGUGUUCUUGUUGGUGUCGGCUCUGAUCUUUUCGACCGAGUACGCGCUCCGGCUAUGGUCAUGCGUCGAAGACGAGCGGUACAGAAGCGGGGCAAUUACAGGACGGCUGAAAUGGAUGACCCGACCGCUGUCGCUGAUCGAUCUCAUCGCGUUGGUUCCGUUCUACUUGGAGCUUUGUGCGGAGUUGCACAUCUAUCACGACAAAGCACUGACGCUGCGGACGCUGCGCCUUCUUCGAGUCGUGUCGUUCUUGCGGCUCGAGCGCAUGUACAAUGCCAUGAAGAACCUGCGCGUGGUCUUUGCGCGCAAGAAAGAAGAGUUCCUCGUUGUGACGUACCUUACAGCAGUGGUCGUACUCACGGCGUCGCUGCUGAUCUUUUUCCUCGAGCACGCGGCACAGCCCCGUGUUUUCUCGAGCUUUGGCGUCUGUGUGUGGUGGUCAAUCGAAACGAUCACGUCACUAGGCUACGGCGAUGUGGUGCCCGUCACGAACAUGGGCCGCUUCCUCGGGGCUUCGCUUGCGCUAUGGGGCAUCGUGUUGUUUACGAUCCCCGGAGCCGUGCUAGGAAGCGGUUUCAUUGAGGUCAUGCUGGAAAAGCAGCGCGAAGAAGAGGCUGAACUGUACAGCAUGGCAGUGGGCCAUGGCGACAGCACGUCCAGCAGUCCGUUCUUCCUGGACACUACCAGCGACCACGACGACGUGCGCGAAAACGACCGCCCGACACGCGAUCACGCCGUGUGUACUGCUUCGCCAGCAGCCGCACAUACGCCCGAGUCGGCGUCGUCGGCGUCGUCGUCGUCGUCGUCGCCAAGUCAGUCGGUCCCACACCUGGCGGCUGCAACGGCGCUGCACCAGAGAUUGGCGACGAUCUUGACAGGACAGCACGCUUUAGAAGUGCAGCUGCAGCACCAGCAGCACCAACUGACGCGGUUGACGCGACUACUUGAAGCUGCAGUGGGACCCACAUUGCCAGCUGCCGAUCAACGCGUCGAUAGCCAUGCAGCCGCAUGUCCAGCAAUAAGUUGA